UUUGUCAGAUAUAUAUAAAGUCGUAGCAGGCACAUUUGAAGAUCAGAUUGUUCAUUGCGCGUACACACAACAAUGAUAACGGUUUUAUUACUCCUGGCAAUAGCAUCCCAGGCGCAGACAUGCGGAGAGAGCGGCUUUAGCCCCACCCCAAAUCUGGCGAUGCAGUACAUCGUUGGAGGGCAGGUGGCAUCUGAGGGUGACUUCCCAUGGCAGGUGGGUCUUGUCGAAAACGGAUAUUUGAUCUGCGGAGGAACCUACGUGAUUGGCCCGGAUGGAAACCCGAGGGUGAUCACAGCCGCUCACUGCCUUUCUGGUAAAAACCCAAGACCAGCUGACUACAGUGUUGUUUUCGGAAUGCAGUCCACAAAUGUUGCUGGAAAUAGACAAGUCGUUGCUGCCUCCACCAUCACAGUCCACAGUGGUUACAACUCCAACACAAUGGCAAACGACAUCGCCGUGAUCAGAUUUAGUGCAGCUGGAAAAACUCAAAUUUCCUCAACUUGGGCAAAGCCAGCCUGUUUGCCAUCCAGGGCUUAUAUUCAUGGUGAAAAUUCACUCGUAUCAGGCUGGGGAACAACGUCUGAAGGCGGAUCCAGUUCAAGCCAGCUGCGAUACGUAUGGAAAACAUUGAUUAGCUUGGCCAAUUGCGAAAACACAGGCAACUCAGGAAACCUUGACAACACAAUGCUCUGCGCUGGAGAGACUGGAAAGGACGCUUGCCAGGGAGACUCUGGUGGUCCUCUUGUUGUGUACAGAGGCUCUAGCUGGGAACUCGUGGGAGUGGUGAGCUGGGGUUUUGGAUGUGGCCGUGCCAACUACCCCGGGGUGUACGCCGACACAUGGGCGCUGCGAUCCUGGAUCAACUCAAACCUAUAAGUGUUUCUUCGUUCAAUGUUAUAGGUUAAUAUCAUAAUAAAACAACAGAACACA